GCUUACGGUGGGGGCUCGUAGUGGGAAAGGUCGGAACGGGGUUUCCCGAUGAGAGAUGGCGGAAUGGAUCGGCGAUCGCCCGGCGAUUUGAGGCUGCGGACAUAAAGAUCGAAGCUUUUUGCACCAAUCUCUUGGAUUCCCCGAGAAAAAGUGGGAUCUGGCACCGCCCGAUUCCCCCGGGCGUCGCCAUGCUCGUUCUUGCCGCGUUCGAGCUGAGGAUUUUGGGUCUGCGACCGGGAAAUGAUGUAUCGGCUUGAUUUCUGCCCUCUUUUCGUGUUCGUGGAAUGGUCACUGAGAGCCCACUGACGAUGCUGUCGGAUAUGGGAGUCCGGUCCGUGAUCGGGAGCGGCGGGGAUGGUUUUGGAGGAGAGGAGUUGGAGAAGGAGCUGGGUUUGCUCCGCAGGGAGCAGAGGAGGCAAGAGGCGAUGGAUCGAGAGAGGGAGCUCAACGUUUACCGGAGUGGCUCCGCUCCACCCACGGUUGAGGGUUCUCUCACCGCCUUGGGAGGAAUCCUUGGGCGCGAGGUCGCGUCCGGCAUGCCAGAUUUUUCGACGGCAAAGAACGGAUAUGGGUUUUCGACAGAGGAGGAACUCCUUUCCAAUCCAGCUUACGUCUCCUAUUACUACUCCCAUGUGAAUCUGAACCCUCGACUGCCGCCGCCGGUGCUUUCCAAGGAGGACUGGAGAUCCACGCAGAGGCUUCAAGUGGGGAGCUCGGUCGUGGGAGGGAUCGAGGAUAGGAGGAAAAUAAACUGCAGGGAGGAAGGGGACGGCCGAUCACUCUUUCUGAAGCAACCGGUGUUUGGUCAGCUGGAGGAGCACCCGGCAGAGCCGGCAAAGGUGCCAGGAUCGGGGGAAUGGCUAGAAAAAGGAGAUGGCUUGAUUGGGCUGUCGAUUGGGCGCCAGAAGAGCUUUGCUGAUGUUGUUCAGGAUGAACUUGUUUGCAAAAGUCCAAUAUCGGCCCAUCAAUCGCACCCUGCAACUCGUAAUGCCUUUGUUAAUGGUCUCGAGUCAUCAUCUUCUGCUACUACACAGUUUCCGUUACAUAAAGAAAGUGCAUUGCUUAAUGGGCAACAAUUUGGUGCAUAUCCCCAAAGCAACAAUGGACCUGAGAAAGUUAGUGUGCCAUUGACUCACAGCUUUGCAUCUGUUGUUGGCUCAUCCCUGCGGCGAAGCACGACUCCUGAUGCCCAGCUGGUUGCAAGGGCACCUAGUCCUUGCCUUCCACAUGGAGGUCCAAGGACUCGAGCCUCUGAUGAAAAGGCUAAUGAUUCAUCCUCUGUCGGUGCUGCCUCAUCAAGUACACUCGAAUCUAAUGAUCUGAUAGCUGCCUUAUCAGGUUUUAACCUGUCAGACAUUGGUACUGCAGCUGAUGAUAAUUUUACACAUCCAAAGCUUCAGCAGAGGUUUGACGAUCGCCAUAACACUCUUUUUUCUUCACAAUCUGACCAAAACAAUGUUAAGGCACACAAUAUCCUCAAAAGUUCUGAUCCAGAAUAUCCAAGUAUGCAGUCUAUUUCUAAGUCAACUAAGUUUUCUUACCCUGAUUCCUAUAAAAGUUCCGGAGGUCAAGCGGAGCUGAUAAACUCAGGGUCAGGGUUAAAUGGGCUAAUUGAAUCUCAAAGGUCUUAUGUUCCAUCUGGUAAUUCAUAUCUCCAAGCACCUUCACCUUAUAUUUCCACUGCUGGCAGUUCAUCUCCUCACUACCAGAAUCUUGAGAAUGCAAAUGGAGCUUUUGCAAGUUCUGGCCUGAAUGCAUACUCUGAGAAUUUGACAUUGCCGACGACCUUGCUAAAUCAUGUUGGCUCGGGAAACCUGCCUCCUCUGUUUGAAGGUGCUGUUGCUGCAUCUGCAGUUGCAUCUGGAAUGGAAUCAAGGGCUUUAGGAGGUGGACUCUUUGCAUCACCAAAUUUAGCUGGGCCAGCAGACUUGCAAACUCUUAGUAGGAUUGGUAAUCAAACUGCAGCUGCAGCUCUUCAGACAUCCCUUAAUGAUCCACUCUAUGUUCAGUACUUGAAAGCAGCUGAAUAUACAGCACAAAUUGCAGCUAACUGUUGUGAUCCUUCCUUGGAGAGGGGUUAUAUGGGAAAUUCUUAUGCAGAUUUGCUUGGGAUUCCGAAAGCUUAUGUUGAGUCUUUGCUUCAACAAGAGAAUCAGUAUAACAUGCCAUUUCUGAGUAAAUCUGGGAGACUAAAUCAUAGUUACUAUGGUAAUCCAGCUUUUGGCUUGGGCAAUUUAUAUCCAGGUAGUCCUUUAGCAAGUUCUAUUGCUUCUCCAGUUGGACAUGGCAGCCCUCUUAAUCUCAGUGAGCGGAACAUGCGGUUUUCCUCCAACUUAAGAAAUUUAAGUGGAAGUGUUUUGGGCUCUUGGCAUUCUGAUCCCACUGGUAACAUAGAUGAACGUUUUCCAUCAUCCCUCUUGGAUGAAUUUAAGAGCAAUAAGACUAGAUGUUUUGAGCUUGCUGAGAUUGCUGGCCAUGUGGUUGAGUUCAGUGCUGAUCAGUAUGGGAGCCGUUUUAUACAGCAAAAACUUGAAACAGCUACAACUGAUGAAAAAAACAUGGUUUUUGAUGAGAUAGUGCCUCAUGCUCUUUCUCUGAUGACUGAUGUUUUUGGGAAUUAUGUGGUCCAGAAGUUCUUUGAUCAUGGAUCAGCGGCUCAGAGAAGGGAAUUAGCUAAUCAGCUGAAUGGGCAUGUAUUGGCACUCAGCCUGCAGAUGUAUGGGUGCCGAGUGAUCCAGAAGGCAAUUGAAGUAGUUGACUUGGACCAGAAGAUACAAAUGGUUUCAGAGCUUGAUGGGCAUGUCCUGCGCUGUGUGCGUGAUCAAAACGGGAAUCAUGUAAUUCAAAAAUGUAUUGAGUGUGUUCCGGAGGAUGCAAUUCAAUUUAUCAUCUCAACCUUCUACGGUCAAGUCGUGACCCUAUCUACUCAUCCUUACGGUUGCCGUGUCAUACAGAGGGUGUUGGAGCACUGUGAUGAUCCUAACACUCAGCAGAUUGUCAUGGAAGAGAUUUUGCAAUCUGUUUGCAUGUUGGCGAAGGACCAGUAUGGUAAUUAUGUUGUCCAGCAUGUACUGGAGCAUGGAAAGCCUCAUGAGCGGUCAGUGAUCAUUAAGAAAUUAACUGGGCAAAUUGUUCAGAUGAGCCAACAGAAGUUUGCAUCAAAUGUUGUCGAGAAAUGUUUGACAUUCGGGAAUCUCGAGGAACGCCAACUUUUGGUGAACGAGAUGCUAGGCUCGACCGACGAAAAUGAGCCUCUCCAGGCGAUGAUGAAAGAUCAAUUUGCUAACUACGUUGUACAGAAAGUAUUAGAGACCUGCGAUGAUCAACAGCGAGAACUGAUCCUCUCGCGGAUAAAGGUCCACUUGAAUGCACUGAAAAAGUAUACUUACGGGAAGCAUAUAGUUGCGCGCGUAGAGAAACUUGUCGCGGCUGGAGAGAGGAGGAUCGGAGUUCAGUCGUCGUCGUCGUCCUACCCCUCUUACAUGGCGCAAGGAUGAAGUUGUACAGCUAACUGAGGCUUCUUUUAGCUCCCUCUUUUCUAUCUAUUUAGGUUUUGUACAAGCUUGGUUGGAAAUAAGAAUGUCGCGGUGUACCGAAACUUGUACAUUUGUAAUUUGAAAUCUAGCUAAAUCAUGCUAAGGCUGAGGCUCAGGUGGCUAAUAUUUACUGAUGAUGCCCUACAGAGGAGAACAUGGUAUGUACAAGGUUAAUAUCCCUGUAAAGAGAUGCUAAAAAGAGAGGACUAGGUCUUUGUUUAGGAUUUUAAGGUCAUUUCCCCUUUUAUUUGAUCAUGGGAUGGUAUGUCUUGAUACACAAUUUUUGUUUCCAGUUCAGUUUAAUCCUUAUCAUUGAUGGACAUGUUAAUCGUCUC